UCUGGCAUGAGAGCGGGCAAGCUGUCGCGGGACAUCUUGUACAACAUGGGCAUCACGGAUGGCGCGAUGCAGUGCAAGAUCAUCGGAAGGCGCAACAAGUACUCCAUGAUCUACGCCAUGUUCGACGCCCUCGCCAAGCACCGUGGAAUCGAGAGCAUAGCGAGGGGGCGGGGCAAGCGCAUCUUGUCUCUCCAGCGAGAAAUGGCAGGGCGGUUUGCCUGAGUAGACGUGACCAUAACGUGCCCUUGGCGAAUCGUAUCUGUUUUGUUCCGAUGUGUUGAGUCAGCAGAGACCGGCUUGUGAAGGUUGAUUUGCUAUGUAGGGGCGUAAAGUACUGCGAGUGUUGGAGGCGUCAUCAACGACAAGAGCAACGUUCGAAAGUCGCUGAAGUGGAAGCAUGAUGCACACCGUCAAGUUCUGGUGCAUUUGUUUUCGUCAUGUCAGCGUGAGCAGAGUGAGCGAAGCAGCAAUCAACAGGACUCAUUUGAGCCUUGGGUAGUUAGUGCCUUUGGGACCGUUAUAUUUGAUUGCAUUCAUGUGUCCUCUCCCGCCGUGACCGAGCGUGGUUGGAACCACCCAAUACGCUGCCCGUCACUACAAAGCAUACAUGUACAAGACUUUUGGGCAGCUUACGCUGAGAGAAGCGUUCCGCAAGAAGCUUGUUAUCGGCGUUGUUGUAUGGCCGUCUUGUUGGUCUACUUGUCCUUGCUCUUGCUUACGUACGGUAGUCUGUUGCGACACCGAAGGGGUGCGAAGGGAUGCGUUCGCAUGGGGUCGACGAACUGGACACGCGCACACUUCUUGGCGUGUAUAACGGGUUGUUGGUGGGCAGGCGAACGUUAUUGUGAAAAUGGGUUGAUAUGUUGUGUGUAGUUGAAU